GAACGAAACAAACCCAAGCCUAGCAGAACCUAAUCAAGCCUUCAGCCUUGGUUUCUACUACUCCUUCCCUUUUUGCUAUCAAGACCUAUUCAUUUGUCAACACUGAAACUCCAUGGGAGAAACAGACUUUUCGCUUUUAAAUCUCACAAACACUCAAGUCUGAUCUCUCAAACUGAAGCCUGCGCUUUCUUCGAGGGCUCAAUUCAGAUUUUCCGGGAAAAAGAGAUGGACGGGAACCUAGAAAUCUCCUUGGAUAAGCUUCCCGUUAAACGCCUCGACGCCAUCGAGGAAAACGGCCUCGAGCGAUACCCUCCCGAGUCUAGCUACGACGAGAAGCGAGUGUCGCUUAUACGGCGAAUAGACUUCGCGUGGGCGGUGGAGGAAGACGAAGAAAAGGAGAGAAAGAAGAAGCAAAAGAAGAAUAGUUCUAAAGAUGCCUCCGCCACGUGGCAGUGGCAGAGCAUGGUGGAGAAUCUCCAAUUGGCUCAUCAGGAGCUUUCCGUCAUCAUCGACCUUAUCAACACUGUGGAAGCUAAUGAUGCUGUAACGGUGGCUGGCAUGACCAGGCCUAAGCCAUUACCUAAUGAGCUUAUGUCUGAUCUUGCCGUAUCUGCUGCAACCAAGCUGCAAUGUUACCGGCAUCUGGGAAAAUACUUCAAACAGUCUGCCAAUGCUUUGGAACAGCAGAUUGCUAGGGAAGCAAGAUUUUAUGGUGCUCUAAUCAGAUUGCAGCAAAAUUGGAAAGUUAAACGACAGCGAGUGGCAGGUCCAGGCCCAGCUUCUAGCAAUGAAGGCUUCACUAUUGAUCUUUUUGAUAAUUCAUUAUAUAGUUCAACACCAAUGUCUCGCCCGUCUUCUUUAUCUUCGAUACGUGUUGAACAUGAUUCAGCUGGGAUGUUGUCUAUCAACUUACCUCCAAAUUCAUGCCACUCUCUUCAUUUUGGUUUUCUUGGUGUGCAUUCUGCUGAUAUACCAAAAGAAUUUAAUAAGAUCAGGACCCAUGGCUCGGUUGGGCAGCACACAAGAAACACUGAGAAAGAAUCAAUGAGCGAUGAUGAGUAUGUCAAAGAAACACAUUUGCUCCUUCGCGAUGUUCAUCAAUCAAUCUUCAAUGAUCAGGUAUUUGAUAUGUUGAAUUGUGAAGCAUUCAACCAAUCUGUUGGAGUCAAUGUAACUGGAAUGCGAGAAAAUUAUCUACAAUUGAGCAUAGGUCAAGGAACCUCUCUAUUCAUAUCACUUGUGCCAUCUAGUGAGGGUGACAAUCAGGCUGUUGACACUGCCAAUAUGCAGAAUGUAGAUUCUGCAAUUGUACCUUUGGACUCGUUUAAUGAGGUGAAAUUCGGAGAACGAAAACAUGAUACUCCUACAAUGAAAAAGAAAUGGGGUUUCCCUCAUCGUAUCAGUUGUGAAAUUUAUCUGCAGCAAAUUGUUCAUGAACAUGCAUUUCUAAAAGCAAAGGAUAAACCAAAUUUAUCUGGUACUCCAGUAUCUGGCCAAUCAGGAAAGGAUGGACCUGGUCUUCUGGGUCAUUUCUGUCUGUCUCUGGCUCAUAGAAUCUUUUCGAGCAGAGUUCUUAUAGAGCUGGAAAAUGUGGUAUGCAGGGUUCCAUAUCUCCAUUUAAUGACCCACCCAACUUGGCAUUCACGGAAAUCAUCUUGGACAAUCUUUAUGAAAGUUCCUCAGUCCAUUCUUCAUGCAGAGUCCCAAUCCCCAAGAUCAGACUUCCAGAACAUUAAGGAUGUUAUAAAAUCACAAUUUCAUACCAAGGUGGUGCUGAGUGAUGACCGUAUAAAUGUUGAAGGGGAAGGUGCUCCUAAUGUUGUUGGCCUGUUCAAAAGAAGCUCUGAGGACAUAUGUUCUGUAAACAAAUAUGACUGCGACUUGGCUGAUCUUCCUGUUAUAUUACUUCAGCAGGUUGCAAGCCAAGUUAUUCGUUGGCUUCAUGGGGAAGCUCUUAUGGUGGGAAUAAAAACAAACAGAUAUUUUCUGAGCUUGGCUUUUGAUCUAGAACAGGGGGAGAGUGUUAGCCUGGUGGCCCAUGUGGACCCAGAAGACAUACAAGGCGGCAUCUCUUGGUGGUUAGUAAUGGAAGAUGGGUUUGCAGAGGAUUGGAAACUUCAAAUGGAAAUUUAUGAUGGUACACCUGAGUAUAGAAAAUUUUUGGGUCAUUUAAAUUUGGAUGUAUUAUACUCAACAAUGAUGGACUUGGUUACCUUGAGCGAUGGAGGUGGAAACCACUGAUUCCGUUAAAGUUUCAUCAACAUUCCUUCACAUUUAAGCUCCGUUUCUAUACUCAAAUCAGCGAUACAUUUAAAUUAGUUGCUGUAUUAUUGUGCAAGUAAUUUCGGUCGUUAGUUCUCUACUCUAUACUCCACAUUUUCUCGCCAGCUUACUGGAAUAGAGUAUUAGUUUUAUUGACUUGUUA